AUGUGGAAGUCCAAGUGCCCGGAUCCUUCCAAGAAAGGGACCAUGGAAGAGAUCGGAGCAGAUGACAGAGCCGAAGGAGGAGGUAAAUGUGUUUUCUCUCAAAUAAACUGCUCUGGAAGUAUUGAGUCAUUUCUGGAUUCCUUUCAAGACAUCUUUGAAAAGAAACCAUUCCGUCCAGUCCUCAGUUAUGACCACCCGACACACGUCAACAUUUCAUUCUCGCUCUAUGCUGUUUUAGGAGUUAAUGAAAAAGUUCAGAUUCUGACGACUUUUCUGUGGUUUGUCAUGUACUGGGAAAAUGAAUUUAUAGGAUGGGACCCAAAUGAGUGUGGUGGAAUAAGUCAAAUUUCAGUGUCUACUGAGAAUAUCUGGUUACCAGACAUUUUGAUCAACGAGUUCAUGGAUGAGGAUACAUCACCUACCACUCCAUAUCUGUAUGUGAAUUACAGAGGAAGAAUAAAGUAUGAGAAACCUAUGCGAGUGGUGAGCUCGUGCAGCCUCGACAUCUUUAAUUUCCCAUUUGAUAUGCAAAAUUGUAGUCUGACCUUUUCAGCCUAUCUACAUACAGCUGCAGACAUCACCAUUGGGUUAGCCAAACCUGCUCAGGAAAUAUCUGAUGUGUCCAAAACCCUGAUCCAGACCAAGGGAGAGUGGCAGUUGUGUGGGAUAUCAGCUGAAGAAAUUAAAGUGGAGCUGGGAAAAGACUAUUACAGUGAAAUCAUAUUUCAUGUAGCUAUCAAAAGAAGGCCCAUCCAGUAUGUUGUGAACCUAUUGGUUCCUAGUGCCUUUCUGAUGUUAAUAGAUGUUAUGAGCUUUUACCUGCCACCACAUACAGUAGAUCGUGCUGCCUUUAAGAUGACCCUUAUACUGGGCUACACUGUGUUUCUCCUAAUGAUGAAUGACCUCCUCCCAGCAACUGCCAGUGGUGUUCCACUGAUAAGUACAUAUUUCUCACUGUGUCUGGCUCUCAUGGUGACAAGCCUGUUGGAAACUGUGGCCAUCACCUAUAUCUUGCACUGUGGUCCCGCAAAGUAUCCAGCUGUCCCACACUGGGUUAGAAAAUUAGUCCUGCAUCACAUUGCAAAAGUUCUUUGCUGGAAACACCAGGAGUCAAGUGACUUCACAGCAAAAGAUGACACCAUAAUCAUGAACACUGCUGCCCAAGUGAUGGAUGGAGAACAGCUACUUUCCUCCUUUCAGCAAGCAAUCACUGAUUUGCACCAUUCUCCCAAAGGAGAUAUUGCCCAUCAAGGAAAUGUGGCCUGUUAG